AUGGAAGUCGCUUCAACUAUGCAAUCACUUCAUACACAUGAGCUCAAAGGUUUAUCGCAUGAAGAUUGUUGGUCAAUAAUCCAAGAAAAAACUUUUGGAAAAGAGGAUAUUCCUUUAGAGUUUGAGGCCAUAGGGAGGAAGAUUGCAACAAGAUGUCAAGGUUUGCCAUUAGCUGCUAGUGUAGUUGGUGGAGCACUAUGCAAUAAAUCACAAGAAGAAUGGCUCUCAAUCGAAGAGAAAUGGCUUUCUCAUGAUGAAGGGGAUCAUGUAACGAAUAUAUUGAAGUUAAGCUUUGACAAUUUGUCUCUACCGUCACUCAAGAAGUGUUUUGUAUGUUGUUCUAUUUUUCCUAAAGGUCGCAGAAUCAAAAGCCAAGAUUUGAUUGAGUAUUGGAUGGCAGAAGGAUUUCUUGAAGCUAAUGGAAGCAAUGAGAUGGAGUGCUUAGGCGACAAAUUUAUGAAAGUUCUUCUACACAACUCUCUACUACAAGUUGCAGAAAUAGAUGAUUAUGGAAAUGUAGAGAGUUGUGUGAUGCACGAUCUUGUGCACGAUCUCGCAUGUUCAAUUUCAGGUUCUACUGAUACAGAAGGCGGGAGACGAGUGAGAUACAUGAUUCAUGAUGAAGAAAGUUGUAUUCCAAAAGAAGUGGCAAAAUAUUUGCGUACGUUAUUGUUCGAGGAACAGAUUUAUCGUAUCAAGUUUGCAGAUUUCGAGCAUCUACAUGCUUUAGUUCUUGCAUAUGAGUGGUGUACUAAGUUGCCAAAUUCGAUAAGGAAGUUGAUACAUUUAAGGAAACUUGAUAUUUCAUCAAUGCAUAUAAAAUAUUUGCCGGGCUGGAUUGGUGAUCUCCAUCAGUUGCAAACAUUAAAUGCAUGUACAAGAAGAUUUUUGGAACUGCCUAGUACUUUGAAGUACUUGAUUAAUUUAAGGCAUUUGUAUAUUAAUAAGUCACCCUUGCCUGCCGGGAUUGGGAAUUUAACUUCUCUCCAGACGCUAAAGUAUUUUAUAUGUUGGCGACAAGAAUGGAUGCAAAAUCGAAGAGCUCCAGAGGUUGAAUGGUCUCAAAGGAACACUGGAAAUUUCUAA